AUGGAUUUCUUUUAUUCUGACGAAAUUGACGCCUCGCGUUAUGAGACAUAUGACUUGGAUCAUGGCAUACCACUACGAAUGCAUAGGGACUCGGCAAUAGAGGUCAAAGGAGCACUUCGAGCCCGAAAGGAUUGGACUCGCUACGUACGCCCAGUGCAUGGGUAUAAAGGCGGCUUGGCCGACCCGUUCGGUUUCAUCAGCGUAACUAUCCCCGAAUAUCGCCCGGAAAGGCUUGAGAUUGUUUCGUAUGCGAACGAGUUUGCGUUUCUCUAUGACGAUGAUAUGGAAACGCUUGAACUUAAAAUCCCGACAAAUGAUCUUGAUAGUUUUCUCCAGCCGUUUGUAACCCCGGCACUUGAGGCCGAUGCCCGAAGCCGUCCCGAGAAAAGACUCCAAGCACAGAUAUUCUCGGAAAUGAUGGCUAUAGAUCACCAGCGGGCUAUUACGACGAUGAAGGCAUGGGCAAGCUUUGUCCAGUUAGCAUCGCGAACAAGAAUGACGCCCUUUGAGACUUUGGAGGAAUACAUCCCAACACGAGUCAUAGAUGCAGGUGAACUGAUCUGGUUCGGGUCAUUGACCUUCGGAAUGGGUCUUACCAUCCCCGACGAAGAAUACGAUCUAUGUAUGAGCCUAGCAAAGCCAGGAUAUGCCGCACUAGGUUUGACGAAUGACCUUUACUCUUGGGAGAAAGAAAGAAAGGCAGCGCAGGAUAUUGGGCAGGACUACGUCUUCAAUGCAAUUUGGGUCAUUAUGAGAGAGAGUGCUAUUGGGGAGGAAGAGGCAAAAGAAGUUUGUCGACGUGAGAUUGCGCAGAACAUCGGUCUGUUCCGUGACAUCGUGGCAAGGACGAAGAGUGACCUGAGCGUAUCUCGGGAUCUUCGCGUAUAUAUCGAGGCGGUCCGUUUGCAGACAAGGGUACUACGCGUGGCCCCGUCGUUUGCUUCCGCCGUCAAGAUCAUCAUCAGUGAUGAAGGUGUAUCGGGUUUAUACAGUGGUCUAACAGCAUCUGUGGUACGCCAGCUCACCUAUUCGGGCAUCCGCUUUGGCAUCUACGAAGAACUCAAGUCGAAAUCUGGACCUGCUCCUAGCAGCCAAUAUCUCCUUACCACCGCGUGGUGUUCUGGAUUUGCAGGUGGUUUGGCGGGCAACUUUGCCGAUGUUCUAAAUGUUAGAAUGCAGCAUGAUGGCUCACUUCCAUCUCACCAACGACACAAUUAUCGACACGUCGGCGACGGAAUAUUACGAAUGGCACGUGAAGAAGGUAUUGGCGCUUACAUGAGAGGAUGGCUGCCUAACUGCACACGCGCUGCGACACAGACAGCAGGGCAGCUUGCAAGCUAUGAUAUCAUCAAAAAGUCCAUCCUCAACUAUAGAAAGACGGAGGAGACGCCCGCUGUACAAGCGACUUCUGCAUUCUUAGCAGCUGUGAUCGCGGUAACAGUGACUAAUCCGCUAGAUGUCCUGAAAACCAGGGCCAUGUCUUCCAUAUCUCCAGACGGGACAGGUAUGGUAGCUACUGCAAGGGAGGCAUUCCGGACUGAAGGACCCGCUUGGAUCUUCCGAGGAUGGGUACCGAGUUUUCUGCGGGUUGGACCGCAUACGAUGUGUCAAAUUAACACGCAUGAGAUUACGGUGGUCUACAAGGGCCUUCCUACCAGUGAAGCCGAGUGGUGA